CUGACCUCAGGAAGUUCAUCUCUAGUUCAUCACUUGAUCUUGAUAAGGUUUGUCCUUCCUGAGCCAUUUCCUGACAAGUUGCGAAUUCCGUGAAGUUAUCGUCGUUCCACGUGUCACGCAGAAAUCCCGCCAAAGUCGUGAUUACUGAGAGUUCGAAAACGAUUUAAUCGUGUAAAUUUGCUUAUUUUUCAUUAAAAAAAGGUUAUUCAUAAAAUAUUAGGAUUUUUUAAUGUAAAAGAUAUUUGUUAGUACAACUAAACACCUGAAAAAUAUGAAAUAACAAUGAGAUUACUAAAGACAAUAGAAUAAAAUUUGUAAACGAAAGAACUUCUGAUUUAGAUUUAUCCCUUAGAUUUCCAUUGUUCACAGAAAAGGAAAAUACAAUAUUUUUGAAAAUUAUAAUGUUUUAACCUGAACUCUAAAGCAAUGUAUGAAUUAAAGAAACCUUUAUUUCAAUCAAAGAAAAAGAAUGACGUAACUUAAUAAGUUUAAAUUCCUUUAUCAAAAUCUUCUAAUCGCCUCCUUGUAACUGAUCAAGAAGAUACGUCUUUCUUCUUUUAUGCUGCAUAGACUCUGGAUUCGAAAUAUAUUGCGAAUCAGAACACUAUUCUUUUGAACAUGUUGUACAGUGAUAGCUCCGCUUACACCGAAGCUUUGCGCAAGAAUGCGUGGAAUCCGGCGACUGCCGCCACCACUUCUUACGAUGCCGCCGCCUCAGUCACAGCAGGUUUUGCUGGUCAGCUUGCAGCUAAAGCGACGGAGGCACAAUCCCAAGUACAAGUUACUGAUCCAUAUCAACUUCUCAGUGCCGCUAGUAGCAGAUUAGCAUCACAAGGAAGCGGACAAAUCCAGCUUUGGCAGUUCCUGCUCGAACUUCUCUCGGACAGCAGCAACUCGAGCUGCAUUACAUGGGAGGGCACCAACGGCGAGUUCAAACUGACCGAUCCGGACGAAGUGGCUCGCAGAUGGGGAGAAAGAAAAAGCAAACCAAACAUGAACUACGACAAACUCAGCAGAGCUCUGCGUUAUUACUAUGACAAAAACAUCAUGACCAAAGUACACGGGAAGAGAUAUGCGUACAAAUUCGACUUCCACGGCUUGGCACAAGCAUGCCAACCAGGCAGCAAUGAUCCAACUACCUACAAGUUCCAGUCGGACUUUUUCUUGCCAACCUAUCACACUCCAAAAUUGAAUUAUCUGACUCCAAGAGCCAGUUCGAUCCCAGCUACUUCACAAGGACCUUUGUUUAGCCCAGCUAUGUCAGGGUCCUAUUGGUCAGGCCCUUCUCCAACAUGUAAUCUGUACCCGAAUCUGCAAGGGCAUUCGUUGUCCCACCACGCUCACAGAACGAAUGGAUUAGGAACUUAUUACUGAUAACAUUGGAUUUCGUUAAUUAUACAUACAUAAAAUGUAUAUUAGUUGGUUUUUCUAGUCAUCUUGAGUGUGGUUAAAUAUUAAUUCUAUUUUUCUGUUACUCUGUCUAGUCUUUAAACACAUAUUUUAAACGUUAAAAUAGA